AUGGAAUUACAUGGAAAAGAAUUGAUUGAUAGAUUAAAUAAUGAUUAUGGUGGAUUAAAUGGUCUGAUACAAAAAUUAAAAACAGAUCGAAAGAAUGGAUUACAAUCAGAUAAUGAAGCUGACUUGGAACAAAAACGAAAUGCAUAUGGACAGAAUGAAAUACCACUAAAACCAAUAAGUUUUUCAAGGUUAUGUUGGGAAGCAGUGAAUAAUUUAAGUUUUUUUACAGUGUUCAAUGACUGGAGAAAAGAAAAACAAUUUCUUAGUUUACAAAACGAAAAUUGA